CUAAAUAAGGAGAUGUCCAACAUCGUGACCCAGAUCCUGAGCAACUACCCUGGGAAGAACAGCACCACCGAGCAGGCCUGGGAUUACAUACAGAGGACGAUGGAGUGUUGUGGAUGGAGUGGUCGUAUGGACUGGCAUGGUAAUGCUGUCGUAGUGAACAGUUCCCAGCUGUUGUUCCCGUGUUCCUGUCAGAAUGUGUCUCUGGUUGAGGGUAACUCCUCCUCCGACAGUGGUUUCUGUGAGGCGCAGUCACUUGAUUGGCCCGUCUACGACAGGGGCUGUAACUCCAGUGUAGAGAGCUGGCUGUUUGCCAAUGUUGGAGUGAUCCUAGGGGUCUGCCUGGGAGUGGCUGUCAUCGAGCUCCUGGGUAUGAUCCUGUCCAUAGGGCUGUGUAAGAGCGUACACACUGAGGAUUACACCAAAGUGCCAAAGUACUGAAGAUGAUGACGGGGGACGCUAUCACACACACACACACACACACACACACACACACACACACACACACACACACACACACACACACACACACACACACACGCGUUCGGUGCAGAUGUUUAUUUGCUUUCAUUUUUUUUGUUUAAUUUUUGUUUUGUUUUUGUUAGUAUUUUUUGGGGGGGAGGCACUUGUCUUUUCUCUCAGUCCAGUUUCCAUCGGAGCACUUUAGAGACUGUAGUUAUGGAUUAGAGAGGAAGACGAGAGCAGACCGGGUCACAGAGACAACAGGAAAGAGAGAUGUGGAGAAAGUGAGGACAGAGAAGACGAGGAUGUGGAAAGAGAUGAAGGGUCGUCUCCUACCCUCGGCAGAUGCAGUCUACCACAUCCUUGACUUCUGGGGAAAGAUCCAUUUUAUCAUCAGGAAUCAAUCAUGAUCGCCAUUGUUUGUCAGCUCUCACAGGGUCCAAUCCUAACUUCAGAUAUGCAUGGAUCUCAGGUUCGGUCAACGGUUGUUAUUGAGUUGACCUGACUAGAAGAGGAAGAGUUCGGUCAACGGUUGUUAUUGAGUUGACCUGACUAGAAGAGGAAGAGUUCGGGUUAUUGGACUCCUGGAAAAUAAACAACGUUUAUGUUUUUAUUUUCUGUUCUUCAGUGUUUUGAGGAGUUAAUGCAUUUUUGUUUGUUAUAGUACCUUGUAUAUAAUUUAGUUUGGUAUUUCGUGAGCCUCUGAAUCUGCG